AUGGCACCGCAACUAACGGAGGAUGAAAUUGAUGAUCUCGUUUAUCUGGCGCGCACUGGGGAGAACGAGGAGCUGACCACAUUCCUUGGAUCACUUGCGGAGCGGGAAAAGGUGUCGCCGGCAGAGAUACUUCUGAGUGCAAAGGACGAGGGCAAAUCAACAUGUCUGCACAUGGCAGCAGCAAACGGCCAUGUUGACACUGUCAAUCUCCUUCUAUCUCAUUUCGCUUCAAGUUCCGCCGAGCAGAAGAAGGCUUUCCUAGAUGCUGCCAACGAGUAUGGCAAUACAGGUCUUCACUGGGCUGCGCUAAACGGGCACCUGCCCGUCGUCAAGCAGCUCGUCGAAGCGGGCGCCUCAGUUGCGCUUGCAAAUGACAAGAACUAUGUGCCCCUAGAUCUGGCAAACUUCGGCGACAAGAAGGAUGUCGUGGAGUAUUUCCUUAGACAGGCAGGGCUGGACCCUGCGAAGAUGAACCCCAAUGACGAAGAGGAUGAGGAAGACGCCAAAAAAUGCGGGAGCUUGGAGGAGGAUAAGUUGAGUGCUGGGGUGGAGGGGGUCAAGCUGGAGGAAUGGGAGGGCGAGAGCAAGGAUAAGGAGAAGACAAGAACUGAGAGUUAA